GGCGGGGGGCGGGGGUUCCGACCCCGGGCCAGCCGGAAUUGGGGGCGCAGGGCGGCUGGCUGGCGGUUGCGGAGCCUAGACGCGCCGCGCAGCCCUCGCUGCGCUCCGCCCCGCGCUCCACCGCCUCCUCGCGCGCGCUCCAGGCACUCCCGCUUGGGCACGCGCCCGCGGGCAUCAGGAUCCAAGCCCAGGCCGAGACGCUGCUGCUGGGCGCCCGGGCCGCAAAGCCUUGAAGCGCCUGCGGGGAGCGCGGUUAGGGGUUGCAGGGCCAGUGGGCGAGGAGCUAUCAGGUGUCUUCUCCCUCAAUGGAGACCGUCCUGUCGUCCUUGAAUAGACCCAGGAAGGUUUUUAAAGAAGCAAAGUCUUCGCGUGCUGAAGCUUGUUUCGGAGGGAGGUGGCUGUAGAUGCACCUGUCGCUCCGUCUUUCACCCUAUGCUUCUGUGUUCUUCACUCUCCCUCCUAUUCCUACAAACCGCGGGUACCGGCAGCUGUGUGCACCCUACCCCCUCGUGACAGAAAGGACAGCCAAAGGGAGAGGGAGCAGACUGAGUAGAAGGCUCCUUACACCUCACUUCUCAUUAAGUGCUUUUUAUGUCUGCAUUCUUUCCCACUGGUCCUGCCUGGACUCCACCACAAUUCUUCCCACGUUAAAGUCCACCCUCCCACUGCUGAGUCUGUGAUGUCCUUCAACUCUGCUGAAUCACCUUUCCACCACCACUACCUAGCACCUACCAUUUUUUUCGUAACGUGGCUCAGAUCCCAAGUCAUCAGUGCAGUUAUCCAACAAGCAUUUAUUGAACUUGUAAGAUGUACCAGACCCUGAGCUGGAGGGCCAGUAUUUAGAGGUGGGCUUCUUGAAAACUUAAUGCCUGAAGUUUAAAGGGAUAGUGACUUACAUGACUUUGACACAUACAAGGUGCUGAGUGGAGAGACCAAGGGGUCGAGGGUUAUAAAGGAGCAUAAAGGGCAUAAACCAUGACUGCAGGUAGAGGAGGGAGUCAUGGAAAUACACACCACCUAACGCUAGUCCCAGACACUUUCUAGCCUUCAUCACAUGUACUCAUCUGAUGAUUUUAAAAUGUGCACCACUCAUGGUCAAACCAUCACGGAGAAGGCUCAAAAGAGUGUGAAGAUUGCUCCUGUGUGUGCAGCAAAAGAAAUCCGAGGUGAUGUAACCACAGGACCUAGGACAGUGAUCCACUCUAAAGCACCAAUUAUUGCAGAAGCUGGGCAGAUGGUGAUUGCUGAAGUUAGCCUCAUAGAAAAACAGGUGCUUAUCGUAAAUGCUCACCCUGAUAAUAUCACCCCUGAGGCUGAAAAUCCUGAACUGAAACCUAUGAUCAUUGGCACCAAUAGUAUGUUUCAAGUUGGCUGUUAUUCCCCAGCCAUGAAAAUAGGAGAUAAUAAUGUUAUCAAAUCAAAAGCAUAUGUGGGCACAAGCGUAAUAUUGACAAGUGGUUGCAUCAUUGGGGCUUGCUGCAACCUGAAUACAUUUGAAGUCAUCCCUGAGAAUACAGUGAUCUAUGGUGCAGUGAGUGACCACAGCCUGAUAGUACAGCUGAAUUUCAUAACGAAAAUCUUGCCAAACUACCACCACCUAAAGAAGACUAUGAAAGGAAGCUCAACUCCAGUUAAAAACUAGAAACAAUAUAUGGCAUCAAGAGAACAGUAUGUCUUUGACCACUAUCUUUCGAAAGAGCCACAGUGUUCGUGCACUUUCCUUAUGCUUCCACACAUACACUGGAAAACGUUUCUACCUUCCUGAAAGAAGACACUAGUUGAAGGAAUGUUUUCUACACCAGCUAGUUUCACUGAGUUAAUAAGCAUUCAACAAUCUCCUUGUUUCCACACAGACACCUUUGAGAGAGCUUCUGUCUCCAGUUAAAGACGUUCUUCGUUGAGCAAGACUUGUCUCCGAUGUUAGCAGAAACAUGCUUUCUACAGAGAUGCAUUUCACUGAGUUAAGUGAACGGCAUUUUCCUUAUGCUUCCAAACACACAUUCGCGAAAGCCUCAUUCCCAAGGUAGGAAGAUGUAAAGAGUUGGAAGACGGCUUCUACACAGACCUGUUACACUGAGGUAAGCACACGGCACUUCCCUUAGUUUCCCCCACAUUUAUUUAUUUAUUUAUUUAUUUAUUUAUUUAUUUAUUUUAGUAUUAUGUUAGUCACCAUACAGUAUAUCAUUAGUGCUUGAUGUAGUGUUCCAUGAUUCAUUGUCUGCUU